AUGGCGGGUACAAGGCAGUCAUCGUAUCUCCCAGCCCAAGUCCCUACGCCGGACGCUCCCUCAAUCAAGAACACUACAGCCCCUCCGACUGCUGCGCGCGAAACGCCAGAUGUCCGCCGCGCUCCCUCUCCGCCGCCUUCCGACGACGGUCUCUUUACCAAAAGCUACUACGAGGGUCUCGCUCAGCGCUGGGGAGUCACAGUAGCCGAGUUCGACUAUCGGGAAGACAAACCGGGGCUUUGGCUGCAUGACUUAGACCGCGCUGGCAUCGGCCACGAUGGAUGGUCGCUUUCGCCGUGGGCGCUGGCCUACUACGAUCGAUACCCCGACGAGUUGGACGACGAACGGACGCGCAAUCAUUACGAGCGUGGUACAGGAAAGCCGAGGGUGAAGACGUUUGUGGAUAUCAAGGAAGUGACGCCACUUGUGAGAGGCAACGACGGAAACUUCAAGCCGGCUAGCAGCUGGCAAGUGCUCCCUGACGAGCCGACUGCUGACCUCGGCGGUCCAUCACACUGGUAUACCAGACCACCAAAGCCGCGAAGUAAUUGGCUCGAGACGCUCAGUCGAACACCCAACACGACAGGGCCACAACGUCCUCAGCCUCCUGCACGCCCCGAUCGCAAGGUCCACCGUCUUCAGGCCCCGCAUGACCACCAGUAUCAAUCCGUCGAGAGGCCUGCAAGCAACCGCUCUGAAACGAAGACGGAACUUCCUGGGGUUGACGAGGGCCCCGCAGCGCCAAGGGGCGCUGGAGACGACUACUUCUCACUAGUCGCGGAGGAUGCAUGGCUGAUGCAAGUUGACGAAAAUUCUGCUGAAGGGUUUGAAGAGGGGCUCGUAGAUGUUGAUGGAGACGAUUUCGAAGAUCAUCUCGGAGAUGUUCUGGAAGACGACCUUGAAGACGAAGCCAGUGACGAUCUUAACAUCGAACCUCGAGACAUUUUCGAGGAUGACGAUGAACACGGUGCUGAGGACGGUGUUCAGGACAGUGCUGAAGGCGAUGUUGAAGACGAUAUCGAAGACGCUACCCAGGCUAACCCCGAAGGCAAUCCUAGCCAUGAUCUCGAAGACACCUCCAUCCUGAGCGACAUGUCAGCGCCUGACGAAGACCUUGCACUACAGAUGUAUCGCGAAGACCUCGAAAAGCUCCACUCGCAUCUGAUCAAACACUCCAGAGACAGUCUUUGGCGUUCUUUCUCUUUCGACACUAGAGAAGAAUACGAGACAGCGCUUCCACUUUAUAACAAAGGGCUACCGAAACUUGGCAACAAAGAAGCGGAGGUGGUGAGCCUAGAGGAGGCGAUGAAGGCGCGAAGGGACUAUAACGAGUAUCUCCGCGAGCAUAUGCCGAAGCCUGCAGACGGAGACAAAGAGCCUGAACCGUCGACGGUACGUAGAAAGCCGAGGCGGUCCACCAGGAACAAGUAG